CCCUGGCCAGAUCGACGAGGAGGACGAGGAGGAAAAGGCCAACAACAAGGCAGAGAGUGGCAGCCGUACCGCCCCAGCAAAGGCAAUGGGAAAGGAUGGGGACGCGGACGCGGCCGCGGACAGCAACAGUGGCGACAGCAACGCUACCACCGCCAGCACAAAGAUGACCGAGAUCAGUGGCGUCGCCGGGAUGAUGAUCGCGGUCGUCACUCUGACCAACGCCAGUGGAGGACGUGGAACCACAACGACUCUACACACCGUGAGCAUCGCGACCACGAAUAGGGUCACGAAGAGGGACCAGAAGAUCGCGGCCAUCGACUUCAGCUUCUUCGACGGCCUCGGGACCGCCUUUCUCGUGUGCGACAAUCACUGCAAGGAACACGGACUUAAUUGGCGAGGAGCUUCUUGGGAGAUUGACGAAGACCUCGUGAAGCUCGGAGCCAAGCACUUUCCCGACGUCAUGACCCGCGGCGACUUUGAGGAAGAGACCGCGGACUCGCUGUCGAAGCUCGUGCAACAGCUGGACCCGUCUCGCUCCGCCCAAGUGAUCAUUGCUGCCGGACCUCCGUGUCUCGUGAGAAUACGGCAAGACGCACCGGGACAUGAUGGAACCGAGGGGUCCAAGUUCACACGCUUCGCCCAGCUGAUCGUGAAUCUGGAGAAGUCAUGGAACCGCAGCCGAGCCACCCUCCUCGUGGAGAACGUGAUCCCCCAGAACCGCGCCGACGUGCGCAAGAUCGAGAAGUUGCUCGACGUGCCCGCGGUUGUGCGCGACUCAGCCGAUUUCGGCACGAUCUCCAGACCGAGAGUUUGGUGGUGUCGGAUACCCUGGUCCGAAGUGGCUCAUCGCAAAGACUGCCCUCUUUCGCUACGCUGGACCUCCAUGCAGGGUAUACCCAGAGUGCAUUUCGACGUCCCCAAGGAUGACACACAGACGUGGGACACCCAUGGCCUCGCGCUCCCUCGAUGCCUAACCGAGGAGAUGAAGCCGCUCCCGUGCCUGACGACACCCUCCGACGACCCCAACGGAGCCGCCCGCCUCAUUUUCACCAUGGCUGUCUUUGCUGCCACAGUCCCGACCCCUACGGCAGAGCUGAACCCGCUCGGCGGCACCGCGAUUGACAUCACGGCUUCACUGUGGCAAGGCAAGCCCCCGCUUAUGGGCCCCGGCCCAGGCGAUUACGACGACUUCGACCUCUCCUACCUGGACGACCCGACGGAACAUUGGGCACGGUCGCGCAUCAUGCCACAUCCCGAUCCGCGACGCCGCUUUGAUCUACGACACGCAGUUGCCGAGCAGAUCGAAGAGAUGGUCGUCGACAUGAGCGAACUGACCAGCCAGUGGUUCGCCUCGCUGAAGCCCCACGUCCAGAAAGCGUACUUUAGCCAGCAACGGACAUGCUCGCUACAGUUGCCGGUUCUACGCAUCGUAUGCGAGAGGUUUGGUUGGCAGGACCCCGACAUCUUCGACGAGCUCACUCGAGGUUUUCGGCUCCUGGGGCCGAUAGCUCCGGGACUUGGUUGGCGCAAACGCAACGACCUCCGCUGCGCCAACCCGCUGGAGUUCAACGACUUUAUCGACAAGAACGAACGCUACGUGCGCGACAAACUUCGGAGAUCCAGAGUUGACCUGUGUUGGGAACAGAUGGCGAACGAGAUUGCGGAGGACGUUCGCCUCGGACGCAUGGAGGGCCCAUUCACGAGCCCGACUUCUUGGCCCAAGAAGGCGGUCCCCCUCGCGUCGCACGCACACGCAAGCAGACUUCUACCAGGCGUGGCCAGUUAA